CCGUAAUGCGACAUGUCGAAAAACAAACUGGAUGAAAUGCGGCACUACUGAGCAAUACUUGAUGUUGUUUAGUUGUUAAAAGAGAAACUGUCACACCAGGAAUUUUACCCACGGGCUCGUCUAGUGAUCCUGCCCCAAAAAAGCGAUGCUGGUCACCGUUUUCUGCGCGCCGAGGGAUCGCCCAGAAACCACAUUCGCCCUCGAUGUGUCCCCGGAGCUGGAGCUGAGAGACUUUGUAGCACUUUGUGAACUGGAAUCAGGAAUCCCAGCAGGGGAAAUUCAGAUCACAUAUGUAGAACAGCCCCUAAAAGACCCUACUCGUGCCUUGGGGACCUAUGGCGUUAAGGAUGGAGAUGUGGUGGUUCUCAGGCAAGCUGACAGAAGGCCACCACCAACUCAGCCAGCCUUUCCAGGUCUGCCCCAUAUUGACUUUCGUUCGAUCACAAUCCCCGGCACCUCUUCUUCAACUAGUCAACGCGGUGCCAUAAGGCCACAGCAGCAGCAGCAACGGGCUCCACCGGCGCCCUCGUCGCAGCCACAGCCUCAGCAGCCGCAGCGCGCCUCACAAUCUUCCACGCCAAUGGCCUUUCGUGGUUCCUCUCCUCAGGGGCUGGAUGACCCUGCCUUACUCCAGCAGAUGCUAUUAUCUAAUCCACACGAGCUUUCACUCCUCAAGGAGCGAAACCCACCGCUUGCUGAGGCCCUGCUGAGCGGAGACUUAGAGCGUUUCACCAAAGUGCUGCUGGAGCAACAGCAGGAUCGAGCCAAGAGAGAGCAGGAGAGGAUCAGACUUCUGACUGCUGAUCCUUUUGAUUUGGAUGCCCAAGCGAAGAUUGAGGAGGACAUCAGGCAGCACAAUGUGGAAGAAAACAUGACCAUUGCAAUGGAGGAGGCCCCAGAAAGCUUUGGACAGGUGGUUAUGCUCUACAUUAACUGCAAAGUCAAUGGGCACCCUGUGAAAGCUUUUGUUGACUCAGGAGCCCAGAUGACCAUCAUGAGCCAAGCGUGUGCUGAGCGCUGUAACAUCAUGCGGCUGGUGGACCGUCGUUGGGCGGGGAUUGCCAAGGGAGUGGGCACCCAGAAGAUCAUUGGCAGAGUUCACUUGGCUCAGGUCCAGAUAGAGGGGGACUUCCUCCCUUGUUCUUUCUCCAUCUUGGAGGACCAGCCAAUGGACAUGCUGCUUGGCCUGGAUAUGCUGAAGAGACAUCAGUGUUCGAUUGACCUGAAGAAAAGCGUCCUUCUUAUAGGCACUACAGGCACCGAGACUCGCUUCCUGUCUGAAGCAGAGCUGCCAGAGUGUGCCCGCCUGGCAUACGGAACAGAGGGGCGCGAAGACGCCCGUCCAGAUGAGAUAGCCGACAGAGAACUGGCAGAGGCACUUCAGAGGUCCAUACAGGAAAGCGACACUGCAGAUGGACAAACUACCUCACCGCAGCCCCCACCAUUUACAUUACCCAGAACCUUAGACCAAAUGUCCUCAUCCACCUCCCCUUCCCAGAGUCCUUCCUCUGGCCAGCCCCAAACUCUGGAUCGCUCUCAGUCUGCCCCGGCCGCCAUGGAGCAGACCUUAGCACCAGAGCUGUGCCAGGACCAACCUGGCCUCCAGGAGCUUCCUCUACCCUCGUCCUCAGCAGAGGAUGCUGUUUCUAUCCAUCACCAGGUCCACCCUCAGCCUCUGCCUGUCCAUAGCAAUUCCAAAGUGCCCCCUAUCCCCAGUCCCUCAACAGACGCCCUCCCUACAUUUACCCCUUCUGCGGACACAACGACAGAAUCCCAGUGUCCGGAUGAGAGAGAGGGGGAGGUACAGCCUGGCCAUGCAGAGGGGGAUGCUGAAGCAGAUGAGAUGAUGACCAGCCCUAUGCUUCCCCAACCAGAGGAACUCUCCCCCAUUCAACCCAUGGAGCAGGAGGCAACUGAGUCUGACGUCGCAAAUGCCACAGAAGCCUGUCCGAGUGCUCCUAGCCAACCUGACUCGGUUGAAAUGGACUCUCCCGCUGCCUCCCAGGAAGUAGUGUCCUCUGAGAGGGACCAGCCCGAAGGAGAGCACUGCUCCAGCUCUGACAGCACCCCGUCGCUGGCGGCCGCACUGAGGGAGCUACACGAGCUGCUGGUGUCAAACAAUCGUGCUCAUUCGCAAAACCGCAGCGCCUCCUGCUCCCCUUCACAUCCGUUCAGACAGGAAACAGACGAAGUGGCCCCCGAGCCAUGCACCCCGACACCCGAAAACACCCACCCCUCUACUGCCAUCACAGCCGGUGCAGAACCAAGCGAUGCCAAAGCCAACUAUGCUGCUGCUGUGUCUGAUGAGGGACCAUCUAAGUGUCUUGUGCCUGACCUCUCUGGCCAGGAUGAGCAUCUGGGCGGGGAUACAGCAGAGACUGUGGAGGAACAAGGACCACCGCAGUGUCCAGACGGCUCCGGGGAGAGGAUGGUGGAUAGAUGCGGGCAAGAUGAAGCAAAUAACAUCAGCAGUUUUCAGCCUGAGCCAGAGGCUCCUCCGGAUCCGGCAGGGGACCUGGAGGUCAGGGAACCUCCUGAAGGGCAGCAGGGGAGAGGGGUUGCAGAUGGACGAGCCUCUGGCACCAACACCCCAGACACUCUUGGCCUCCAGACUGAGCACACUUUCCUCAGCCCUCUGUCUAUGGCAGUGGGCUCACCUGAGGAAGUCACGAGCACCUCCUCCCCUUCAACCCCUCCUCUGGCUCAGGCUCCACAGCUCACGUCUCCAGCCUCUCCCCUCCCUUCUCCGCAUCCCUUUAUAGAACAAUUUCCAGCUGAGCACAUCCAGAGAAUCCAGGCAGCGGGCUUUUCUGCCAGGGAGGCUGCAGAGGCACUGGAACAAGCCCAUGGGGUUGUGGAGCUGGCUCUGCUGGCUCUAUUAGCUCGCAGUAUCACUGUGCCCACCUAGACUCCUAACUAGUCAUACGAGUCCCCAGCCUCCCGACUCAGCAUCUGUCUUAUUUAUAUCUUGUUACUGAUCCAGAUGUCUCAGUCCCUUCUUAGCAGGGAGCACGUAUAAACACAGGGAAAUGCUGUCUCUUGGUUUGUCGUACAAAAUAUCCAAGAACAAACAGGACAACUGGUAAAACUUUUCCGGAUGUUGCAGAUCUGUGAGGUGUGUUUGCAUGCAGAUGUUUUGGGUGGCCACCCAUUUCAUUGGUUUUUAGAGAUUUGGUAUGGUAGAUUGAUUUUUCUUCUGGUUUUGUCGUCCAAAGUUGACACAUUAAAUGCCCAAUGUAUGAUUUUUUUUUUUUUUUUUUUUUUUUUUUUUUUGACCAUUAAACGUUAUAAAUUUCCCCUUUGAUAUGUUAUAAAACUAUUGUUGUUUAAGUUGUGGAGCAUCAAAAAAAUCUCAAAAGGGAGUAACGUUACUCCUGUUUCUUGUUCCAGAAUAACUGUCUGGUGAGCUUUAUAUCAUUCAGCACAAAUAUGAAUAUUUGAAGCAAUUUGAUGAUGAAUAAAGCACCAUGUUGAUUUUUAUGUUUGUAGCCCCUUCAGUUUAUAUAUCAGAACCCAGUGAUGAAAAAGCUACAUCGUGAGCACUGCUGCAGUUCAGAAGGGUUGAUCUUUACUGAUCGCGUUUACAAAUAGUGAAAAAAGUAAAAGCCCCGAAUAUCCAUGGCCAUUAUCACACUAAAAUAUCAAGUGAGCCACAAGUGUGUUUGUGACGUAUGAUCAUUGAUGGUAUUUUUCAGUUCAGUAUGUGUAUUACAGAAGGUAUCUUGUACUGUACGUAUUAUUCUCCACAGUUUGAAAGCUUUGCCAUGUGUAGAUUACACAACUGUUUGUAGCUCCUGUUCAGUCGUUUUAUUUUGUGUCAAAUCAUCAUAGUGUGUGUUCAUACCUUUAAAAAAAAACAAACACCCAUUUUCAUUUUGUAAUCUGUUAGAAUAUUGCCAUGUCAGUACAUCAUAUAUCAAGGAUUUUAAUGGCUUUAUUUGAGUCAUAUACCAACAAUGUUCAGGCAGAUUGAAUUAUCUACUUUUAUCUUGUAUGAAAUUUUAAAUUGCAAAUAAAAUGAAACUAGUAUUUGUA